CUCGCCGGAGAAGCAACCAAGAUGGCCGGGAGGAAGGGCGGCGACAGGAAGAAGGCGGUGACCCGGUCCGUCAAGGCCGGGCUGCAGUUCCCGGUCGGCCGCAUCGGGCGCUUCCUCAAGAAGGGCCGCUACGCGCAGCGCGUCGGCUCCGGCGCCCCCGUCUACCUCGCCGCCGUCCUCGAGUACCUCGCCGCCGAGGUCCUGGAGCUCGCGGGCAACGCCGCCAAGGACAACAAGAAGUCCCGCAUCGUGCCGCGCCACCUGCUGCUGGCCAUCCGCAACGACCAGGAGCUCGGCAAGCUGCUCGCCGGGGUCACCAUCGCCCACGGCGGCGUCCUCCCCAACAUCCAGUCCGUGCUGCUCCCCAAGAAGGCCGCCGAGAAGGCCGAGAAGGCGGAGAAGUCGCCCAAGAAGAAGACCGCCGCCAAGACCCCCAAGAAGACCGCAGAGUAGACCGUGUUCUGCAUAGAGGAUGUCCUAGUUCAAGUGUCGUGGUUUCAGAGAUGUGGGAAUGUGUUU